GAAACCAGAAUUGUUCUCCACUGUCUCGAUUCUCUAACAUCAUGCAAUUUGAAUAUAUAAAUCACGUUUGGCGAUUGUCUUGUGUAAAACUAGCACAUUCACCGAUUGCUCUCUAAAUGGCUGCAAGGAAAGAACCGGAAGUCCCAAGGUCAAAGUGUGCCAGACUUGAUCAAUAUUUCUAGAGGUAUAAAACCCCAAAAGAUGGAAGAAUUACUGAGAGAUUUUUUCAACGAUCCAAGUACAGAAAGAUACAUGAUGUCGAAUUGUGAAUGUGAUGAAGAAGUAAAACCAUAUCAAGUAGCCAAACGCGAGCAAGAAAUCUAUUCCUCUUGUUGCUACAGCAACUCACCAUGGCAACAGAUCCCAAGAAACCCCUUAAAUACAUACAGAGGUGAAGCAGCAUACAGCCACGAGGAACGAGUGUAUUUCCUUAACCUUCGAAGCGUCUAUGAGAAAGUACAGUGCCGAAAAAACAAGCACUCAAAACAGAGGGUUACAGGAGCAGUCAUAGAUAUGAUGGUGACGUACUGCGCGCAGAUACAACAUGUUGAAGUCUAUGUCGAAAGAUUACCAGAGGCUGCCAAGCUAUGUGGCGAUCAUAAUGGACAGGUGCCGCUCAAACCUCGAAUGGAUAAUCUCAUGCUUACUGAUGAUUACCAAAGCCAUCAGUAUUUUUCCGUUGACUUGGACGCAAUUUACGAAAGUCCAGAAACUGGCUGUCCUGUCUAUAAACUAUCUACCGUGGACUCUGAAAGACGCAAUCGAUUCCGUCUUGUCGUGUAUAUAGUGUUCUUGGAUGGUACUCGCAGUCGCCCUACCUUCAGCCUUUCCUUCCUUCUAAGAAGCAAGAGAAGCACACGAUGCUCGCCUUACUAAAUAGUAUAUUUUUCAUACUUUUUAUAUACUUUAUAUUACAGAACCAAACUAUUUUAUUGUUUCGUACUUUUAAUACAUGUAUGUCAAAUGCGACGAAAGCAUAAGAGUAAGAUUUAUUAACGUAUUAUGAUAGCACAUAUUGAGCAGUUGUCAUGGUUUCUUUGAUUAAGAUUAUAUAGAAGCAUAUAAUAUAUAGCAUUUGAGAUUAAGUUAUAUAGUCAUUGUUAAGAUAUGUAUUAUUGGAAAUUUAUUACAUAGUCGACCAGGUUCAACCUCAUUUAGAGAAAAGGUUUUCAUACACAGCCGAAGAAAACACUUUGAUACUGUCUCACAGGCAAAUACAUACCAUGUGCUAUAAUUACCAGUCCAUUACGCCUCACUACACCUAAUGAAUCCUACCCUUUACCAUCUUUUUCAGUCACCUUGUCUGAAAAUCUCUUCCCUCACUCAUCGUCAUACCGGCUACCAAACCUUAUCUUUCUUUUUGAGUCUACAUUUACUAGCUUAUACUUAGAACUGCUUUUUCUUUAGUAUAAAUAAAGCUAACUUACUUAUUCAUGCAUUUGUACUAAAACACUAAGCUAGUGUUGUCAUUUGUCUGGUCUAUAUUGGAUUCCUUACACCAUAGUACAUGUUGUUGAUCAUAACAAGCCUCUCAAUGAGAGAACCAAGUAAGCCUUGAUAGGAAUGGCAAAUAUAUAGUGGCUUUAAUUAUAGAUUUUAGAUUUGAUGCUAAUAUUUUGUAAAGAAAAUAAGACAUAGAUAAGAAUUUAAAAUUUAUACAUUUUAUUCUUUCAGUUAAAUUUUUUAGCUAAUAUAAUGACAAUAUCCGUUCAACUAUUCAAAGCAAAACAUUAAAAGUUACAUUGUUAACA